AUGUCCAACUCGACAUCCCCCUCCAAUGAUCCCUCCAACUCCAACGACGACCUGAACCUCUACUUCUACUCCCCCUCCACGGCCGCAGCUAUUAUAUUCUCCGUUCUCUACGCCACCUUGGCCCUGUGGCACGGGUUCAUCAACUUCAUCCGCACACGCCACGUGUCCCAAAAACACAAAUACACCAUCCCCCUCUUCGUGGCCUGCGUCAUUUCCACAGCAGGCUGGGCCGUCCGCAUCGCCAGCAUCCACAAUGUGUCUUCGAUCCCCCUGUACGCCGUCAGCGCAAGCUACAUCGUCAUUUCGCCGAUCUUUGUCUGCGCGACGCUCUACCUUCUGCUCACGCGGUUGAUCCGGUCGACCCUUGCUGGACAACUGCAGAUCUUCCUCGGCAUCUCGCCCCGCUGGAUUGGUCGCGUCUUUAUUACGUCGGACGUCUUCUCGUUUUUGACGCAGUGUUCUGGGUCUGGGAUAGCGAGUUCGGGGAAUUGGGAAGGCGACCUCAAAACGGUGGGCACGAACGUCUUGCUGGUGGGCCUGUCUCUGCAGCUCGCGACGUUUAGUGUCUUCCUUUGCGUGCUGUGGAUGUUUGGCCAGAGGGCCAGGAGUACACAGGCCGGUAUGGAUCCGUAUGUCAGCAAGGUGGUGUUGGGGGUAUGGGUGGCUGGGUUUUUCGUGCAGGUUCGCUCCGUGUACCGGGUCGUCGAGUUCGCCAUGGGCGUCGACGGAUAUCUGUUCAAGCAUGAGUGGUGUUUGUAUGUUUUUGAGGCAGCACCCAUGUUCAUCGCGUUGAGCGUCUUGGCCUGGUAUCACCCUGUGAAAUGGAUGCAGCAGAAGUCGAGUGCCGAGUUUGCCAUGCGAGAUGCUCACGCGCACACCAGCCGGCCGAGCAAGAUCACUGGGAUGAACAAGGGAGGCGCAGUGGCGUAA